AUGGCUGCCCCCAAAACAGCAAGCGUUAAUUGGCAAACCAAACAGAAUAAAGCAGCACAUCACACAUCUGACUACAGCAGUACAGAAAUAAUCUUGAGAAGAGGACAGGCCUUUACCAUCACCCUGAACUUCCAAACAAAUAUACAGUCUGGAGACAACUUUACAUUUGUUGCAAGCACAGGACCAUCCCCAGCAGAAUCCUAUCAGACUAAGGCCAUAUUUAACCCUUCUGAGGAUUGCAGCAGUGGCUGGAGCGCCAUCCAAGAGUCCAGUGAGCCUGGCUGCAUGACCUUCACGAUAUCCAGCCCGGCGAACGCUGUCAUCGGAAGAUACAAACUCAUACUCCAGAUUACUUCUGGGAAAAAGGUUUCUUCUACGCUCUUGGGCCAGUUUGUGCUACUGUUCAAUCCCUGGUGUCCAAAUGAUGAUGUCUAUAUGGCUAAUGAAAAGGAGCGACACGAGUAUAUUCUGAAUGACAGUGGUAUCAUAUUUCAGGGACUGGAAAAGUAUAUCCAGCAAGAAGCAUGGAAUUAUGGACAGUUUGAAGAGGAUAUCCUUGACAUCUCUCUGACUAUAUUGGAUCGAAGCCUGAACCACCGCCAAGAUCCUGCCACUGAUGUGUCCAACAGAAACAAUCCUAUCUACGUGAGCAGAGUCAUCAGUGCUAUGGUUAACAGCAACGAUGAAAAAGGAGUGGUGCAAGGGAAGUGGAGUGGAAGGUACUGCUCAGGAACCAACCCCUUGCAAUGGAGCGGAAGCGUGAGCAUCCUCCGAAAGUGGCACAGAGGGAGAUACAAGCCUGUACGAUACGGCCAGUGCUGGGUCUUUGCAGGAGUAAUGUGCACAGUUCUGAGAUCCUUGGGAAUACCUACCCGUGUUAUCACAAACUUUAACUCUGCCCAUGAUACGAAUAUAAAUCUGAGUAUCGAUAAAUACAUUGACACUUCCGGAAAGACCCUCUACUUGAAUGAAGACAGUGUGUGGAAUUUCCAUGUUUGGAAUGAAAGCUGGUUCAUCAGAAGAGAUCUUGGCUCUUUUUAUGAUGGGUGGCAGGUUCUGGAUGCAACUCCCCAGGAAAGAAGCAAAGGCAUAUUUCAGUGUGGUCCUGCCUCCACCAGAGCCAUUAAGGAAGGGGAUGUGAACCUGGAUUAUGAUAGUUCAUUCGUGUUUGCAGAAGUGAAUGCUGACUACGUUACUUGGAUCUGCUAUAGCAAUAAAAGAAAGGAGAGAAUUUACUCUGAUACUAGGAAGAUUGGAAAAUUUAUCAGCACCAAAGCAGUGGGCACUAAAUCCCGGGUGGAUGUCACUGAUAAUUACAAAUACCCAGAAGGAUCCUUGAAAGAAAGGCAAGUAUAUAAAAAAGCACUGAGACUCCUUGGUGUGAGAAGCACUGGAAGAAGAACCAAAACUAGAGGACACGGCCAACGAUAUUCUGCAGCACAGAGACGACGUGUGACAGAGUCCGCAAGAAAGCCCAAUAUCUCAGGGAAGUUCAUCAUCAAUGCAUCUCCUGUAAUCGGCCAAGAUGUCCUCCUUACCUUGGCACUCAGAAACUUGAUCUCAGAUUUCAAGACUAUCAAGAUUAAGCUGAGGGCUUCAGCCAUUCUCUACACAAGAAAACCAAAGGCAGAGAUUUUGCAACGGUCUAGAUUUAUUAAACUUGGACCUGAAGAAGAGAAAGAGAUUUCAUUCAAGAUCUCCUACUCCCAGUACAAAAACUCUUUGAGAGAUGACAGGAAGAUUCUAGUGACUGCUGUGUGUGAAGCCAAACAGGAAGCUUCACUUCUAGUGGAAAAAGAUAUUAUACUUCAGGAUCCUUUUAUCACCAUCAAGGUGCUUGGUUCAACUGUGGUACAUAAGGCAAUUAACGUUCAAGUGACAUUUACCAACCCAUUGUCUGAAGUGGUGACAGACUGUGUCCUGAGAGUGGAAGGCAGCGGCCUUCUCAAAGAGCAGCUCAAAAUCAAUGUAGCAAGAAUGGCCCCUAUGGAAAGCUCAACUGUUCAGUUUGAAAUCAUCCCCUACAAGACUGGAACCAGGCAGCUUCAGGUGGACUUGGUUUGCACUCAUUUUUCAGAUAUUAAGGGAUUUAUUAUUCUUGACGUGGCUCCUGUUCAAAUUUUCCAUGUCCAGAACGAAUGCUGGCUGGCUCGAAGGGACUUGCUACCAAAGUUCAGCCCAUCCUUCUGUGGGCCAGCUCCCUUUCCAGCCAUCAAGGAAGGGCAAACAGAAGUGGUUUUUGUCAUCUGGUAUUUCUUUACUGCCAUAAAUGCCAAGUGCCAGGUCUGGGUACACAAAGCAGGUGACAUUCUCAAGCCUGAGGAUAUCACACACAACUACAAGUAUCCUGAAAGAAAGGAGCCACUUGAGAAAGCCUAUAAAAAGAUAAAGAAAGCUGAGAAAAACAGCAAAACAGAGUUUAGCUCCAUUCCUACUGCCCUUGAAGAGCCAGUUAACCUUUUUAUCCACCUCCAGCCUGAUAAUUCUCUGUAAUUAGGAUAGGAUGUUCCACUUUCCAUUAAAGUGUUUAACCACAGUGGCAGAGAAAAAGCUGUAUGCCUGGUACUCGGGACCCAAACUGUACAUUAUAAUCGUGAGCCUAUUAUCCAACUUUGGAGAGAAGGGUUUCCUUUUAUUCUCAAAAGCAAUGCAGCAGAAACCAUGCAUGUCUUUAUGUCUUACUCACUGUACAGCAAAGAGGUGGGAGAGAGCCAUCUGCUUAGGCCGCCUGCUAUGCUGACAGAAGACAACUCCUUUUACAUAUACUUUUCCCAGGAAGAGAUCAGCAUUUGCAGUUCCCCUGUCACUAUUGAGGUUCGGCUCUGCACAGCCUACAAGCACAAAAUAGCUGCACAUCCCAUUCACCCCCACCCAAGCAGGGUCCAGAAGACUCACUGCACAUCUGGACUACAUUCAACUCCAGAACUUGAAGAGCUACAAAAGUAUCAACAUUUUAGCUGCCUGACACCCAACUCAUAA